AUGGAUACUGACUCAGGAGAGCCAGCUAGCACAGAAGAUUCUGAGAAACCUGAUGGAGUUUCAUUGGAAAACAGAGUUCGUCAGGUUGCAGCAACUUUGACAGUGGAAGCUAGACUAAAGGAGAAAAACAGUACCUUCUGUGCUUCUGGAGAAAUUAUAGAAAGGAAGAGAUUCUUUCGAAAGAGGAGUGUUGAGAUGAUAGAAGAUGGCAAAGUUGCUGAAUCUUCCUCCAAAGAUGAGAGAAUAAAGACUGCAACAAAUAUUCCAAGAGUAGAAAAGCUUCCUACAAAUGUGCUAAGAGGCAGACAAGAAGUUAAAUACGAGCAAUGUUCAAAGGGAAUGUCAGAAUCCUCAAAAGAUUGUUUCAAGGAGAAAAAUGAAAAGGAAAUGGAAGAAGAAGCAGAAAUGAAGGCUGUAGCUACUUCUCCUAGUGGCAGGUUCCUGAAAUUUGACAUAGAGCUGGGAAGAGGAGCAUUUAAAACAGUAUAUAAAGGACUGGACACUGAAACAUGGGUUGAAGUUGCUUGGUGUGAGCUGCAGGACCGGAAAUUAACCAAAGCUGAGCAGCAAAGGUUCAAGGAAGAAGCAGAGAUGUUAAAGGGUCUCCAGCAUCCCAAUAUAGUUCGAUUCUAUGAUUCCUGGGAGUCUAUAUUAAAAGGAAAGAAAUGUAUUGUAUUAGUGACUGAACUUAUGACAUCAGGAACCUUAAAGACGUACUUAAAACGAUUUAAAGUCAUGAAACCAAAGGUCUUAAGGAGCUGGUGCAGGCAAAUUUUAAAGGGGUUGCAGUUCUUGCACACUAGGACUCCUCCUAUUAUUCACCGGGAUCUGAAGUGUGACAAUAUUUUCAUCACGGGACCCACUGGAUCUGUGAAGAUUGGUGAUCUAGGACUAGCCACCUUAAUGCGCACAUCAUUUGCUAAAAGUGUCAUUGGCACUCCUGAGUUUAUGGCCCCAGAGAUGUAUGAAGAGCACUACGAUGAAUCUGUGGACGUCUAUGCUUUUGGAAUGUGUAUGCUAGAAAUGGCUACUUCGGAGUACCCUUAUUCUGAGUGCCAGAAUGCAGCUCAAAUAUACCGUAAAGUAACUAGUGGUAUAAAACCAGCCAGUUUCAAUAAAGUCACUGAUCCUGAAGUGAAAGAAAUCAUCGAGGGAUGUAUUCGUCAAAAUAAAUCUGAAAGGUUGUCUGUCAGGGACCUACUAAACCACGCAUUUUUUGCUGAAGAUACAGGACUAAGGGUGGAGUUAGCGGAGGAAGAUGAUUGCUCAAAUUCAUCUCUGGCUUUAAGGCUCUGGGUUGAAGACCCUAAAAAAUUGAAAGGCAAGCAUAAAGACAAUGAAGCUAUUGAAUUCAGUUUCAAUUUAGAAACAGAUACACCUGAGGAAGUAGCGUAUGAAAUGGUCAAGUCAGGAUUCUUCCAUGAAAGUGAUUCCAAAGCUGUUGCUAAGUCCAUUAGAGACCGGGUGGCCCUGAUAAAGAAGACAAGGGAGAAGAAGCCAGCUGGCUGUUUGGAAGAACGCAGAGACUCCCAGUGCAAGUCUGUGGGGAAUGUACUCCCUCAGCCCCGAAAUACAGCUUUGCUCCCUCCUCCUGCUCAGCACAGCGGGGCUGAAUGUGAAGAAACUGAAGUUGAUCAACAUGUGCGACAACAGCUUCUGCAAAGAAAACCACAACGGCAUUGCUCCUCUGUUACAAGUGACAGUUUGUCUGAGGCAGGAGCUGGAUCAGUUAUACAUUCAGAAACUUCAAAUCAGCCCAGUAUAUCCUAUUCCUCAGACCAGAUGAUGGGCUCUCAAAUGGUUUCUAACAACCCACAGGCUGAAAUAAAUGUUCCAGGGGAAAUUUAUCCAUCCCAGCAGCUAGUGGGACAUUACCAGCAGAUUUCAGGGUUGCAGAAGCAGCCAAAGCUGACUCAGCCCCAAAUUUUGCCUUUGCUUCAAGGUCAGUCCACUGUUCUGCCUGUACAUGUCCUUGGACCUCCGCUUGUCUCACAACUCCAGUUUUUGCCAUCAAGUGUCCCAAAGGUCUCACAGGUAAAGCCUGUAUCCCAAGCAGUUGGAGCUGAACAAACAGCAACUCUUCUAAAACCGGAUUUAGUUCGAAGUUUGAAUAAUGAUGUGGCAGCUGUGAAGGAAAACACCAAUACCCCUGAUAACCCAAGUGGAAAUGGCAAACAAGAUCGGAUAAAACAGAGAAGAGCUUCCUGUCCUCGAUCAGAGAAGGGGACUAAAUUUCAGCUUACUGUCCUUCAGGUGUCAAUCUCUGGAGACAACAUGGUGGAGUGUCAACUGGAGACACACAAUAACAAGAUGGUCACCUUCAAGUUUGAUGUUGAUGGUGAUGCACCAGAGGAUAUUGCAGACUAUAUGGUUGAAGAUAACUUUGUCCUGGAAAGUGAAAAAGAAAAAUUUGUAGAAGAAUUGAGGGCUAUCGUAGGUCAAGCCCAGGAGUUCCUUCAUGUCCACUCUGCUGCAGAAAGAGCCAUUGGAGUUGACUCUAUUACUAUGGAAUCCAGCAGUAGCCAAACAGGAUCAUCUGAACAAGUACAGAUAAAUUCUGCAUCCACUCAAACCAGCAAUGAAUCUGCUCCUCAGUCAUCCCCAGUUGGUCGAUGGCGAUUUUGUAUCAAUCAGACAAUAAGAAACCGUGAGGCUCAAUCUCCUUCUCUUCAGCAGUCCAUGUCUACAGUUCCUGGGCUAAAUCUGCUUUCUAGUCCAAGAAACAUAAGUAAUAAGGAAAUAUCACAGGACACGCUGCUCACUCUAGAAAAUAAUCCAUGCCAGCGUGCACUUUACACCUCCACAUCAGAACACAAGGAUGUAGUUGAUGGUAAGAUUUCUGAAUAUGCCAGGGUAGAAACUAAGCAGCCAGCUAUACUUUAUCAAGUGGAAGAUGACAAGCAGAUAAUGGCACCAGUUGCUAGUAGUUCCAGUCUUAUGGCUACUUCAGUUCGUGCAGUACCACUUGAAUGUGAGGGACUCACCAGCCAAGCAGGCAUAUUCCUACCUGUGUAUCCAGGUCACCAAGCUGCCAGUCAGGCAGCUCCUAGUGAGUCAACUCAGAUUGCUCCUAACUCUCUUACAACUCCGGCAUUUAUGUCUGAUCAAAAGCCUAAGUCCUUACCAGUACAGCAGCCAACUACAGAUGCAGAGUUUAUUUCCCAAGAAGGAGAAACCGCAGUGAUCGUGGAAGCAAGUUCUCCUAAGAUGGUCAUUCCCACUCAGACCUCUGGCCUUGAACCAACUAGCCUGCUGUCCUCUACGGUCCUGGAAUCAGAUGGGGAAGGACCUCCAAAAAUGGAGUUUGCAGACAACCGAAUUAAAACUCUGGAUGAAAAAUUAAGAAAUUUGCUCUAUCAGGAGCAUAGCAUAUCUAGCAUCUAUCCUGAGAGUCAGAAGGAUACCCAAAGCAUAGAGUCUCCAUUUUCUUCCUCUGCUGAAGACACAGUCUCAUGUCCAGUGCCAGAAGUCAUAGGCAUCAGUCACUGUGGAAUUCAAGAUAGUCCUGCACAGUCCCCUAAUUUUCAGCAGACAUGCUCUAAGAUUCUGUCCAGUGUGACUGUGAGUCAGCCUGCUAACAUAUCAGUGUUCAAAAGGGACCUGAAUGUGAUAACUUCUAUACCCAGCGAAUUAUGUUUACAUGAGAUGUCCCCAGAUGCUUCACUUCCAGGGGAUCCAGAGGCCUAUCCUGCUGCUGUGUCAAGCGGUGGAGCCAUUCAUCUGCAGACAGGAGGUGGAUAUUUUGGCCUAAGCUUUACUUGUCCUAGUCUCAAAAAUCCUAUUAGCAAGAAAUCCUGGACUCGCAAAUUAAAAAGCUGGGCAUACAGGCUACGGCAGUCAACCAGCUUUUUCAAGAGAUCAAAAGUCCGUCAAGUGGAUACAGAAGAUACGAGAUCAGCAGUUGCUCCUGACCCCAUUCCUCUGACAGGAGAGUCCACAGCUGAUGCUAGGGCUUUCAGUAGAUGUAAAGCAAUGAGUGGAUCAUUUCAGCGGGGUCGGUUCCAGGUGAUUACAGUUCCUCAGCAGCAGUCAGUGAAAGUGACAUCUUCUGGAAUAGAACACAUACCAGCAUUCAAUAAAAUGACAAGCCAGCCUAGUGAAGAAGCUUCAGGCUUUACUAAAACAGCAAAGUCUCAAUUGGUAGAAAUGGAACCUGCCACACACAAUCCGCAGCCUUCACUUUCUUCUCAGAAGUUACAAGCUCUUCAGGAAACCUUAAAAGAAGAUAAAAGAAUUCCCAAACAAGCUGACAACUUCUCAUCUUUCAGUAUGGCUUGUGAGACUGAUGUAUCUUUGAUGACUCCAGAAAAGGAAUUGGAAGAAAAUUCAGCCACAGGAAGUAGCAUGCAGUCUGGAUCUGAACUGUUGUUUAAAGAGAGAGAGAUACUUACUGCUGGGAUACAGCCUACCUCUAAUAGUGAAUUUUCAGCCACUCUUUGUGGCAGAGGGAAAUCAGUGGCAAAGACUGGUCCAGAGAGAGGAAAGUGCUUACCACUCCGUGAAGAAAAAGGCUAUGUUCAAACACAGAGCUCACUAUUCUAUUCACCAUCUUCCCCAAUGAGCAGUGAUGAUGAGUCAGAAGUAGAGGAUGAGGACUUAAAGGUGGAGCUUCAAAGAUUACGAGAAAAACACAUUCAGGAGGUGGUGAAUCUUCAAACCCAGCAGAAUAAGGAGUUACAGGAGCUCUAUGAACGCCUUCGGGCAAUUAAAGAUAGCAAAGUCCAAUCAUCAGAGAUUCCUCUACCACCUGCAUCACCACGUAGACCAAGAUCUUUCAAAAGCAAACUUCGAAGCCGUCCCCAGUCCUUGACACAUGUGGACAGUGGCACAGUUGCAACAGGUAAAUCAAUCUUAAAAAAUAAAAUACCUAAUCCACUGUGUGUGGAAAGUAGUGCAGUAUCAUGCCAGCAAUCUCCAGCUAGUAAAAAAGGGAUGUUCACAGAUGACUUACACAAACUGGUGGAUGACUGGACAAAGGAAACAGUAGGAAAUUCUCUUAUUAAGCCAAGUUUAAACCAACUUAAACAGAGUCAACAGAAACUAGAAACAGACAACUGGAACAAAGUAUAUGAAAAUACUCCAUCUACUAUGGGCUACACAUCAACAUGGAUUUCUUCUCUGUCCCAAAUCCGUGGAGCUGUCCCAGCCUCCUUGCCACAAGGACUCUCACGCCCUUCAUUUCCUGGGCCAUUAUCAUCAUAUGGAAUACCCCAUGUUUGUCAAUAUAAUGCUGUGGGGGGGCCAGGGUAUCCAGUACAGUGGGUAGGAAUUUCAGGAACACCACAACAGUCUGUAGUAAUUCCUACCCAAUCUGGGGGACUGUUCCAGCCGGGGAUGAAUUUGCAGGCAUUUUCAGCUUCAUCAGUUCAGAAUCCAUCCACGAUCCCUCCUGGUCCCAAGUGA